CGUGUUGCAGCUUUCGCGAUUAGAAUAACGUUAAUUGAAUAUUGCAAAAAAUGGUUGAGCUUACGCCCGAGGAGAAAAAGCAGCUAAUUACGCGCAACCUGCAGGAGACGCUUGGAGAAGACAAGCUGACGCAGAUAUUAAAAGAGCGCGACUUAAAGGUUUACUGGGGAACUGCAACAACCGGCAAGCCUCAUGUGGCCUACUUUGUGCCCAUGUCAAAGAUAGCGGACUUCCUCAAGGCCGGCUGUGAGGUGACCAUUCUUUUUGCCGACUUGCACGCCUAUCUGGACAACAUGAAGGCGCCAUGGUCGCUCCUGCAACUACGCACCCAAUACUACGAGCAAAUUAUCAAAGCCAUGCUCAGUUCCAUUGGUGUGCCACUGGAGAAGCUGAAGUUUGUCAAGGGCACGGACUAUCAGCUGUCCAAGGAAUACACGCUGGAUGUGUACAAGCUGAGCUCGGUUGUUACGCACCAUGACGCGAAAAAGGCAGGUGCUGAAGUGGUGAAGCAGGUGGAACAUCCACUGCUAUCAGGUCUGCUCUACCCAGGAUUGCAAGCGCUCGACGAAGAGUAUCUGAAAGUGGAUGCGCAGUUCGGUGGAGUUGAUCAGCGUAAGAUAUUCACAUUCUCAGAAAAGUAUUUGCCGCAGCUGGGCUAUGAGAAGCGUAUUCAUUUCAUGAAUCCUAUGGUGCCUGGUCUGGCUGGCGGCAAAAUGUCUUCAUCGGAAGAGGACUCCAAAAUCGGCUUGCUGGACUCUCCAUCGGAUGUUAAGAAAAAACUGAAAAAGGCUUUUUGCGAGCCAGGAAAUAUUGCCGACAAUGGACUGCUGUCGUUUGUCAAGCAUGUACUCUUCUCACUCUUCAAGGAAGGGGAAGGUUUCGAAAUCAAACGUUCCCCCGACAAUGGUGGUGAUAUAACCUUUAACAACCACACUGACCUGGAGAAAUAUUAUGCAGACAAUAAGCUGCAUCCGGGCGACUUAAAAGCAUCGGUUGAAAAUUACAUAAAUCGGCUGCUAGAUCCUAUACGCAAGACUUUUGAGCAGCCAGAACUAAAAAAGCUAAGCGCUUCCGCCUAUCCACCACCUGCUAAGGUCAAAGCUAAUGCAGCGCCAGCUGCUGGAUCUGCUGACGAAGAUGCACCCUAUCGGCUGGACAUACGCGUGGGCAAGGUCAUUGAAGUGGCGCGACAUCCCGAUGCCGACACUCUUUACGUGUUGAAGAUUGAUUUGGCUGAGGCACAGCCUCGUACUAUUAUAAGUGGUUUGGUCAAAUUUGCCACAACGGAGCAGUUGGAUCAACGACUUGUUGCGGUUCUGUGCAAUCUAAAGCCUUCAAAAAUGCGUGGUAUUCUGUCCGAGGGCAUGGUCUUGUGCACAUCCAAUGCCGACCACACCGUUGUAGAGCCCAUUAUUGUGCCCGUAAAUGCAGCGCCCGGCAGCCGUUUGGCUUUCGAGGGUUACAGCGGUACUCCGGACGAACAGCUCAACCCCAAGAAAAAAGUAUGGGAGAAAUUAUCUGUCGAUUUUAAAACGAAUGCCGAUGGUGUGGCUGUGUGGAGGGACAACUUUUUGCUAACGCCCGAGGGCGAGCAGCUAACCAGCAAGCUGGCGAACUGCGCCAUUAAAUAAAUCCAUGCCAGUCUACCUGAGCCAUGUAAUACUUAAAGGAGGCACAGAGUUGACCAAUGCAGCCGCUUAUUUAUUAUAAAUACUUUAUUCAAUUGCAUUUUUUGUAUCUUUCACCUUCAAUUGUUUUAUGAACCGAAUCGAGCAAAUAUAUGGAGCCUAUGUAUGUGUCCUUAUGCUUAAA